CCUUCAGCACCAGCACUGCCAGCCACCUCGCAGAGAGAAGCUGCCCGACUCCUGUUUGCCUCUGUGCCCGGGAACUAUUUUGUUAAGUUUUCUGCAGGUUCCUCGACAAACAUGACGGAUCAUUCCAAAUUCAAGUCAAGAGGGGUUGCAGCGACAUUUAGGUCUCUGAAACCGGCCGUUGAGCCAGAUUCUCUCCACCAUCGUCCCAAAGUCGGUACGGCGGGCGACGCGGCAGCAGUGGUCACUGGCAGCUCCACGGAGCCGAGUAAUGACGCGCUCGCUGCUGGAGUUGUUGACCACAAACUUUUGGAAAGUGGCGACGGAUCAAACAGGACGUCUUCCAUCCUCAUCACAAAAGACCCUUUUGAUUUUGAUGACGUGAUUUUGGAAAACGAGGAGGAAGACUUUGAAGAAGCAUCUAUUCCCUCAAUCUGUGGGAUGUCAUCCCCUGAAAGCGCACUCUCUGAAGUGUUUCUAAUGGACCAGAUCAAGGACUUCAAACCCACAGAUGAAAGCUCGAACGCCGAAGUUUGGCAAACCCAGUGGCAUAAGAAUCAAAUCGCGGCUCUGAGCAGCGAUAAAUUCGACGUCCUCCUGAGAACGUGUCCCGAGUUUUCUGGCUGUAAAAGCCACAUGGCGGCAUUUAUCUUGAUUAAAGAUGUCGUGGAUACGGCAGGUCGUCCAUGUAGGCAGUAUAAGGUUGUGGCGGUGGGAGCCGGCCGUUCAUGCUGCAGCGGCUGGCUUUGCUACAGCGGGAUGAUGGUCCACGACUGCCACGCCAUCAUCAUCGCCAGAAGGGCUCUCCUCAGGUUUCUGUACAAACAGCUUCUGCUGUUCUUUGAAGACGAUCCAAAGGCCAAGGAGAGUUGUGUUUUUGAGAGUAGCGCCGACAGUCACCUGCUGCAGCUCAAACCCACAAUCAGCCUCCAUCUCUACACCAAUCAGUGCCCAGAGGGAGCGCCUAAGAACUUCUACUUCAAGAGCUCAGCAAACAACGGUUGGAGCAAUUUGGAGCUACAGUAUCACGCCAAGGGUGAGCUCAUACCUGGGCCUUACCUUGACCUGGGUCUGUGGGGCGCAAAGGUCUGCUGCGUCUCUGGCAGCGACAAGUUGCACAGCUGGACCAUCACUGGAGUCCAGGGUGCAUUACUGAGCCACUUCGUUCAGCCGCUCUACAUCACCACCAUGGUAGUAGGAGGUCAGAUCUUUCAGGAAGUGUCCGACAUCACCAGCAGCAGGCUGGGUGAUGGAUGGGAAGGGGUCCUACCUCCGUUCUACAAGAAACAAGACAUCAUCUUUCUGUCUGGCGACUACGUGGGCCCCGCUGCGACUUCUCAGACUUACGACAACCUCAGCAUCAACUGGUGCCUCGGAGACGAAGACAUCGAAGUUCUGGACAGCAGCAAAGGCGUCAUCGUUGAAGGCUCUCCUUCUGUGAGUGGGCCCAGCUUCUCCAGCCGACUUUGCAAGAGAGCCCUCUACAGUUAUUUCCGUAAAGUCGCACGGCUGGGUGGGCGCAAGUACCUGACGGAGCUUCCCACCUACCACAGUGUCAAGGUUGAAGCUGCCGUCCACCAGAGCGUCAAAGAACUGGUCAAACAGCGCUUCCUGAGCAACCACGCAGGACCCUGGAAGUCAAAAGUCCUAGUGGAUUGCUUCAGUGCUUAAAUAUGUUCCCGCAGAAGUGUUUAUCUGAAGGUUUAUUUAGGCUCCCCUGGAGACUACGGUUAUUGUUCUUAGUGCUUUUAUUUGCAUGUUAAUUUUGAAAAGUAAUUCUGUUUUGUUUAUUGUUCAGGCUCUGGAGCUUUCAGUUUGUGUAGGUGUUUGAGGAAAAAUAAAUCAGAGCCGACUGUUGCAGAAGAAAUCGCUUUGGAUGAUUUGUGGGUGGAAAUGCUCGACUUAAAGGCUUGUAGAAUUAAAACGGGGAACAUUUUCGCUGUCAUGUCGAGGGGAAUGAAACAUCAUUCCUCUGAAGAUCUGCAGGGAAAUCUUACGUUAACAGCACAUCGUUUCAGGAGGACAAAGGUGUUCAAUCAUGGAAACACAAGGAAGAAGCUAU